CGAUUUUCAUUAGUGUAGUUUUAAUUAACGAAACCAUAGCAUCGGUUGUAAGGUUCCGAUUUCAAUUUUAUAUUCAAUUUUUGUAUUAGUCAUAUCUCAAAGUACUUGCGGCGGUAAUAUGCCUGAUAAUAUAAUAAUGCCAAGACAAGAGAUGCGUAGAUCUAUUUCUAUGCCGGUCAAACCUCGUCACUGUGAAAAAGAUACCCUCAAACGCUCUGAGGAGAAAGAAAUUCUCUACGAUGACGAUGAUGAUUACAGUAGUCAAGACUCAGAUGAUUUUUUAGCUCCGCUAAGGAAUAAGCUUAAACCUAACAAUUGGAUAGGAAGUACAAUAGAACUCAACAAUGACGUGAAGAAAAAUGAUAUAGAUCUAAGCAGAUUUAGCAAACGAACCUGUCGUUUAAUUGAACAAAAUGGCAAUGAAAACGUUCAGUUUCUUAAAGUUCCACAAAAAUCCUGGAGAUAUUGCAAAGAUCUUGUUACAACUCUGAUCGAAAUGGAAUGGAAAUACACAAUUGCAAUUUUUGUAGCAAGUUUUUUCACAAGUUGGUUCUUCUUUGGAGUUUUAUGGUAUUUGAUAGCCUACUACAAUGGAGACUUGACUUUUGAUGAAAUAACUGGAGAACGUAUGGGUAAGGGCAGAGAACCAUGUGUCCUAGGGGCAACAACAUUCGUAGGAAUGCUGCUGCAUAGUAUUGAAACACAAACAACCGUUGGAUUUGGUGUACGUACUCCAAGCGCAGAUUGUCCCGAAAGUAUGUUCGUUUUCAUAUUGCAGAUUAUAGCAUCUAUUGGAAUUGAAGGUGCAAUGGUUAGUGUUAUUUAUGCUAAAACAGCGCGACCAACUAGACAAUUAGCUAAAAUGAGAUUCAGCAAUAAAGCAGUUGUUUGCUGUCGAGAUGGAAAAUUGUGUCUGAUGUUCAGAGUUUGUGAUCCAAGGAAGCAACAGGUUAUUGGAACAAAAAUUAGAGCUUAUGUGCUUAUUAAUCGAGUUACCACUGAAGGAGAAUUACUUAAAACCCAUGAAGAAUUAAAACUUGAUUGCAAUGGAAAUUCCUUAAUAAUGUGGCCAGAAUGUGUAACGCAUGUCAUUGACAGAAAUAGUCCGUUUAGUAAUUUUCAAACUGCAAAAGACUUUAAUAACGGUGGUUUUGAAAUAUUCGUGUCAAUUGUUGGAAGUUCACCAGCUACUGGUCAACUAACAGAAGAAAGAACUUCUUAUAUUUCGAAGGAAGUGUUUUAUGGACAACGAUUUGUCAAUGUCAUUAUUUAUGAUCCUCAAAACGAUAGAUACAUUGUUGAUUAUGCUAAUUUCAACACAACAAUAUCAGUUGAUAUGGAUCAAAGAACCAUAGAAGACGAUGACGAUGAAGAUGAAGAAGAGACCUAAAUUAAAAACUGUUGAAAACUCAAAUUACGUAUUAUACUUUAUUUUAUUUAUUAUUUAACUUUGUGGAUUAUUUUCUAUAUUUAUUUUUAACAAAAUAAAAUAUUUGACAUUUUUGUGGAAUUGAAAUUUCUA